UUAAUUGGAAAAAGACUUGAAAAUUUUUAGACAGUCUUCUUUGUACUGAAGGACACAGUAAAGUUUAGUUUCGCGAAGUUUGGAAGGGCGAGCGUGCGUGCGUGUGUGCUUCAAUCGCUCCAGCUCUCCUCUCUACGCUCUGCUGUGGUGAGCCGAAGGCUGGGCCUUGUGCUGGUGAAGUUUGGGAAGCCGGGAGAGCCCUCGGCACCCUCUGCUCGGCCUCCUCCUCUUCCCUGAACUCGGGCGAACGCAGGCGAGCGGGUCUCUUCUGCUAGCCCGAUAAAUGCUAUUUAUGAAGAUGGACCUGUUGAACUACCAGUACUUGGACAAGAUGAACAACAAUAUCGGCAUUCUGUGCUAUGAAGGUGAAGCAGCUCUAAGAGGGGAGCCCAGAAUGCAGUCUCUUCCCGUGGCCUCUGCUCUCACCAACCACCGAACAGGCCCUCCUCCCAUCAGUCCCAACAAGAGGAAGCUCAGCAUGGACCAAGGGGAUGAGGAGCUGGACUGUGAAAACGACCAUGUUUCUAAAAUGAGUCGAAUGUUCAAUCCGCAUCUAAACAAGACUGCCAACGGAGAUUACCGGAAGGAGCACCGGGAGAGGAGCCGCAGCCCAAUCGAAAGGGCUGCUGCCCCAACAAUGAGCCUCCAUGGCAAUCAUGUCUACACCUCAAUCCCCAGCCUGACCAUGGAUCAACCUCUAGCACUGACCAAAAACAGCACGGAUGCAACCCGCACGGUCGGCAUCACCCCUACACUGACUUCUGUGGAACGGCAGCAGAACCGUCCAUCUGUCAUCACCUGUGCUUCUGCCAGCACCCGGAACUGUAACCUCUCCCACUGCCCCAUUGCCCACAGCGGCUGUGGCUCUGCCGUGCCUGCCUACAGAAGACCCUCCAGCACUACCACCGCUUGUGACCCGGUGGUGGAAGAGCACUUCCGCCGAAGCCUGGGCAAGAACUACAAGGAGCCUGAGCCAGUGGCAAACUCCGUGUCCAUCACGGGGUCAGUGGAUGACCACUUUGCCAAAGCACUUGGGGAUACCUGGCUUCAGAUCAAAGCUGCCAAGGACGGCGUCUCCAGCAGUCCAGAGUCUGCCUCACGGCGGGGCCAGUCUUCCCCCUCCUCUCACAUGGUCAAUCAUAAUCACUCGCCCUCCGUGGUCUCCUGAGGAGAGGACCCUUGCCUCGUGAAUCUGCAUGGUUUGACUGAGCUUGGAACAGUGCUGACAAUAGUGUUGGGGGAGGGAGAUUAGUUUUCGACACCUGGGUUCAUGUACUCACUUUUCCUUUUGUCAAAGGGUGCCCUUCGAGACGAUAGCAGGAACUAUUUCAUAACGAUCCAUACGAUGUAGCAUCCUUUUUCCUGCCUCAGUUACCAAAGAAACCUCCGCUGCAAAUCCGCUGCCCCUCCCGAGCGUACCGCGCGCUAACCCACAAAAGCCAUCACGCAUAGUUGGUUGACCCAAACGCUCCUUGCUUCCAUUAGCUUCUCGAGACUAGAAUUUGUCUGGUUUGCUUCCAUUGCUUUGGGGUUGGUUGGUUGUUUUUUUGUGUUCCUUUUCCCUCUGUGAAGUACUUUUGUAUGUAUAUACUUGAAAAGAACUGUCAUGUGUGAUUUGCACUAUUGGAGGAGGACUGAAGUUGCGUAGCAGCUUUCCGGAAGACGCGAACAUUUUGAGGGCAAACUGCUGAAAAAAAGGGUUUAAGGAUGACAUUUCUAUCAGUUUGAGGUUUUAUUUUUGGUUUUGGUUUG